AUGCUCAUCUCGCGCACACUCGCUCGACGAGCAGCAGGCCUCGCGCCUCGCCGCCAAACUCUCCCCCAACUCCGCAGAAUCACGCCUGCACCAGGCCCAAACACAGGGCCUAUCAUGGAACGGCGCGCAGACCGCGAGCUGCCAACAAUCACUCCUCGGCGAUGGGCAAGGACACUGCCGAUUUUUGUGGUGGUGGUGGGCGCAGCGAUGCUAGGCAUCUUCAACUACCAAAAGUCCUCGAGCAGCGUGGUGAGCAGCACGCUGUAUGCGCUGCGGACAUCACCACAGGCACGCGAGGUCCUGGGGGAUGAGAUUUACUUUGCCCAACAGAUUCCCUGGAUCAGCGGCGAGAUGAACCAGUUGCAUGGUCGGAUCAAUAUCUCAUUCUGGGUCAAAGGCACCAAGGGGCAGGGCAAGAUGCGGUUUCGCAGUAUUCGACCGGACCGGAUGAGUUUUUUCCGCACGGAGGAAUGGAGUCUCGAGACCGAGGACGGCACGGUGGUGCAGCUGCUCGAGAAAGACAAUGAUCCUUUCCGACAGGACUAG